GGCAAAAACAUUCGCUGGUAAUGAAAAAAUAAAGAAAGCCAGUCGAUUAAUUGUGAAAAAAGAAAAGAGUGAUAUAGCUCCACAUUCAACAUAUACAUGGACAAACGAAGUAAUUGAUGUGCCUCCCGUACCUCCGCGAUUAUCGAAGUGUAAAAUUAUACAAAAUAAUUAUAUGAUCGAAUUAGAUGUUGAUAGCAAUAUAACAACCGUAAUACCAAUACAAAUAGGUACAAUACCUUCUUUAACAAAUUUAUCGCAACGAAAUUUGAAUGAUAAAGAAAAAAAUGAUGAUAAUGAUAAUAAUAGAAUAAAUGGUGAUAUUACAAUGAAUGAAUCAAUAAUGCCAACAGUACCAAAAAUACAGGUGACAAUAACAGCUGAAAAUGGUCAAACAUUAGAUAAUACAAGUGAAACUGAUGAAUUAAGCCAAAAUACGGAUUUGAUAUUAUUAUCCAAAAAACGUGUACGUAUACCAAGUUCUAUUUUGAGUGAACUUUAUCCAAAACUACCGAAUCCAUAUUACAGACGAUCCUUUUUUGGUGAUGUGGAUAUAUCAGAAGAUCAAGAACACAUACAAUAUGGUGAUACUAAAUUUGCUCCGAAAUAUCCAUUUUAUGGUGAUUAA